GUGCGAGCUGCAGAUCUUAACCUGAGGACUCGACUGGGGGACGCUUGUCAUGAAUGGGAGUCAGAUUCCAGCCCGGAAAGAGAAGCUGUUUGUUGUUGAGUUCAGCACACAAGAAAACAGCAUUCACUUUUAAUUAGCUGUAACUGACUGAAUAUUUUAUGAGCGGCUUUACUCAGAGACAAGUUUCACUGCAGCAGAGGAGCACUCAGGAGACUGUGCGACAUGGAAAACGGCUGUGAGACCCUAGAGAGACCCUAGCGAGGAAAAGAGGUAAAAGGCCAACAACAACAGUGAGGAGGAACCAUCUGUGGCUGGUUAACAGAAGUUCUCCUUGAUCCUGCAAUGCCACAAGAAGCUAAUGAGGACGCCAUGAGAACACCAGUGACCCCAGAGAAGGCCAACAACAAUGAGUGUCCUGUAGCCACCACAGUAAACAUCCCCCUGGUCAAUGAAGUCCAGCUGACCGCAGCCACCGGCGGGGCCGAGCUGUCCUGUUAUCGCUGCACCAUCCCGUUUGGUGUGGUGGUUCUCAUUGCCGGCAUCGUGGUCACUGCUGUGGCUUACAGCUUCAACUCCCAUGGAUCCACCAUCUCUUACUUUGGCCUGGUGCUCCUCUCGGCCGGAUUGGUGCUCUUAGCGUCCAGCACCGUCUGCUGGAAGAUGAGAAUGGAGAGAAAGAAGGAGAGACGACGGGAGAGCCAAACCGCUUUGGUCGCAAACCAGAGGAGUAUUUUUACUUGAACUUUACUUGGACAUAUCCUUGUUUUAAGUCUGAAAAGGGCCUAAUUUUCUAGAUUGAGUCGGAGGACCAGCUGCAGACAGAUGUUGCCCACCAUGUGUUGAAUUUCCGACCUGUAAAACUUUUGACUCUCAAGGCCCAGAACCUAAAGCUUUGAAGACAUUGUCGGGGAUGUAUUUGUCAAACAGACGUCAAGCAUCUGGCGAGCCGGGAACGCUGCCAGAAGGAAUGUAUCACAAUUAAGAUGAAUUACCACUGUGCAAAGCGAUGUAGAGGAAGUCUCCCAUUAAUCUGUUGUUGGAUGUGGCGGCUUUGAUUGUAAUGGGAGGGAUUGUGGUUUGAAAGGCCUGGGAGGAGGAGAGGGAAACUGGAAAAUCCAGGACAAUGAUUCAUGCCUCAGUUGCUUCACUUCAACUUGGACUUCUCUGUUUAUGAAGUCUCUGCAUUCAUCUCACAGGGAAUGAUUAUGAAUCAUCUGUUUUGAAAGUAUGGUACUUAAUAUGAAGAUUUUUUCUUUAAAUCUGCCAAUAUAUUCUGUUCAAUAUAUCAGAUUACAUGAUAUUGAGAAUAUUUAACCUUAAAUACAUAUUCUCUUAAAGCACUUUGAUUAUUAUAAUCAUCAUAUUCAGUAUUAAAAAUCUAUUAACAUAAAGUAAGUGAUACAUCCAGAAUUUUGAGUAGUUUUGCCAAUUUUGGCAAAUUUUGGAUCAAAACAGACAUUGUCUUGGGUGAUUAUCACUUAUUGUCCAGUGUACUUGCAUACUUUAAAAAACAUUAAAUGUAGCUUUUGUUUCGAUGUAAUCAUUUGCAUGUAUUAAUUGUUGCCAAGACGUCAUGAGGUUUAAUAAACUCAUUGAUACUCAAACAUG